UGCGACUCGGGCGGGCAAUUUGACCGGACUGUUGUUGCUGUGUCUGCGAUAGCACUGUAUCGAUUGUAAGUAAAAUACUUGGAAGAUUUACAUAGAAAUAAAUAGUAUGCACGAAGGGACGCCUAAUACUGCAAUGGCGGAGUCUAAUAAUAUUAACGGCCCGCAAAGACGACGGUCGGCACGGUUGAGUCCACGUCAAGCUGAUUUAACAACUGACAACAAAAUGGCGCGGCCUGGUUUUGCUGUUAAACGCUCAAUUACUGUGAAGAAAAUAGCACCUAGGAAGACAACCGCGCCCUCUGAGCACAACAAGGAGAACACGCCGAGACGGUCGGGGUCUGAAAGUGUCCAGCAGAAGAAGCCAAAGGUCUCCACCCCUAGUCCCGUCCCCGAAAAUAGGGGCUCCUCCUCGUCCAAGAAGAAGCAGAAGGCCGCUGUGCCAUCACCGAUACUCCCCUCGACGCCGCCCCCCGCUUCUCAGCCCCAACAGCCGGAUGUGGAUCCAGCUGAUGCGGUGUGGUCGCAGAAGGUACGUCGGUCCUACAGCAGGCUCAGCGAUAAGUCAUUCAACAGCCCCGAGUCCCGUGAAACGUUGUUCGGGUUUGAAAAGCUCAACACUCCGGUGGUAAUGCGGAGAGGAGGAGGAGGAGUAAGGGGGGAAACCGAAACGGGUCUGGAGGUUUCUGGGUUCUUGUCUGGUCUGUCUUCAUUCACGUCUCUGCUCGAGGCGGAUGAUUGUGCUUCAGCUUUCCCUGAACCGGAUCCAAACAUCCCUGGGGUGGCUGUGGUGAAGGAGAAGAGGCGGAGGAAGAAGGUGCAGCAGAUCGACAACGCAGAGCUGGAUCAGCUGGCUGCCAAAAUGAACGCAGAGUUUGAGGAGGCAGAGGGCUUUGAGCUCAUUGUGGAGUGAACACUGACACUGAUACACUCAAGGAAUCAUGGGACACUGUUUUUUUGUUUGUGCCAUGAAAAACUGAAGUGACACUUGGAGUAUCUCCCUCCAUUUAUGUGGUUCUUCAAUACAGUCUUGUUAUUUUUGUACAUUUUCAUUUCUUUAUAUUCUAAAGCAGGGGUGUCAAACUCAUUUCAGUUCAGGGGUGACAUUCAGCCCAAUAUGACCUCAAGUGGGC